AUGACCUACCUGCAAAGGGCCGUCUUUCUAGCCUGUAGUCUACCUCCAGUGUUCACGUGGACCCUGCCCUACAAGUCAAAAAGGGACAGGCCCAGCCCAGCACCUGAAGUUUCAACAGCUCUUACCGCCAUCACCACCAUCGUCACCAUCAUUACCACCAUCACAACCUUCACUAUAAUUUUCAUCGAUAUCUUCACCAUCAUCACCACCAUUAUCACUAUCACUACCUUCACUAUCACUCUCAUCACCACCACUGUCUUCAACAUCAGCACCAGCAUCAGCAUCAACAAUGUCGAGUGCUUCUCAGACUAUAUGGCCCUAAGGAUCCCGAGGAGCCAUGUGCAAGGUUUGAGGCAGUGGCUGGACAGAGCCCUGCACUUGCCAGGGACCUGGAGGACCUCUCGUCACCUGGAUCCUUUUCUUGCUAAAUGUGGCUACUUCCUGCACCCUGAUUCUGAUGGUGACUUCAUUUUUCAAGCUCUUUACUCUGCCUGCUUUGUGAAGAAGGAGCAAGCAAAUUAUAGGUUGGAAAUCAGAAUAUUUCAGAAAGGGGUGAGAAGGUUGGAGCAGAGUGACGGCUAUGUAAUGAAGUGUCCGCUGCCAGUGGCGAGGCCCGGCCGGGUGCAUGUCCAAUGUACCCCCACGCUCGUCCAGGUCUCUCGGCCGCUGCCCCUGGGAAGCUCCAGUGGACAGACCCCAUGGCUGCUGUCCCUUCGAGGGGAGCUGGUGACAUCCCUGGAGGAUGCCAGCCUGAUAGGGUUGUACGUGGACGUCAACGCCACCACCAUCACCAUCCAAAGCCCCAGGCUGGAGCUUCUGCAGUGGCAGGAGGUGCUGAACACCUCCACGGAGCUCCUGCCACUCUGGCUGGUGAACACCUACAUGGCCUAUUCUUUAAAAGCCACUUGCCCACCGGUGUCGUCCCAGCCUGAGCAGGAGAUCUUAGUUCACAUCCCCAAACAACGACUGGGUCUGGUCAAAAGAGGUUCCCACAUCACGGAAAGCCUGAGCCUUCGGUUCCUCCACGUCUAUCAGCUCAGCACCUUUGCAGUCAUGGAAAGCCCAGAAUUUGUGGUCGUCAGCAUCCCUGCAGCUGGGGUACUCCAGGUCCAGCAAUGCCAGGAAGGCCAAGGAGCCCCCGGAAUGCAAGCUUUCUACAGGGUCGACCUGAGGCUAGAAUUUGCAGAGAUGGCCACUCCAGUCCUCUGGACAGUGGAGAACUUCUUUCAGUGCACAGGUUUGGGGACAGAGUUGCCUGCCUCAUCUGACAUGCUGAGGACCAUUCCCUCCUCUGAGUCCUCAGUACCAGACACUCCUCAAGUAGGUAUGCCACCUGCUGUCUCUCUCUGAUCUACAAAGGGGCUUGGGCCAUAUCUGCAGACGAUCAGGCCUCGUGAUACAGGUUCAGCAGGAUCCCCAGCAUUCCUGGGGGACGAGGGGUUCUCUGGACACUCUCUGCUCUCAGCCAUACUCUCCUCAGAAUCUUCAGGCACUGUCCAGGCUGGCUCCAGAUCGCGACAUCGAGUCUCCCCAGACCCCACGACUCUGCCCACACGUUUGUCCUCAGAAGUCACCCCUGCACAACCGCUACUCUGGAGACUUCAACGUUUUCAAAUGUCCCCGGCCUCAGAAUCACCAGUCAACCUAACUGAUAGGCUUGGAACUGGAAAGACUGAGCAGGACCCCACCCAGCCACCAGGAAGCCCCCUUAUGCUGGGAGGGUGGUCAAAGAGGGAGGUGGAUACAACAAAGCCCGUCCCAGGGGAGUCUGAGCAGGCCAGUGAGGAGCUCCAGCCUCUGACGAGGUCCUCGAGGCCCUCGUUGACUAGUCCUGCUGAAGAGGCGACAAGUUCUUAUUCUCCCAAGGGGCACCAAGAAACAUCCUCUAUUGAAGAGGCCACAAGGCCACCUCAGGAGGUGUCUGCCUCCUUUCAGGAGGGAACUGAGGGGUACCUGAACUUGUGGUCCCAAGACCCCCAUCAGGACUUAUCAUCCUUCAGGGAGGGGGGCCCCAUUCAUCAUCCCAAGAGUGAGUGUACCCAAGGAGUCGGGGCAGCAGCCAGACCCCAGUGCCUCACUGGGGACCUCAGGACCCGAGCCCCAUGGAAGGCACGGGGUGGGAGUGGACCCUACAUAACCCCUACCCCACUCCUCACUGAGUGGGAAGACAGCCACCUGACGGGUUGUCCUCGGAGAUCUCUGAGCCCCGCCUCAAGGAAGCUGGCGACCUCGUUCACAGGCACAGGGGCACCAGACGCAGCCCCCAGUCAAGCAGUGGAGCAAGAGGACAGAGAGGCUGCAUAUACCUCCAGCCCUUCGUCUCUGCAGCUCCCCACAGAGACGCCUGCCCCCAGCCUGAUGGAGCUUGGCCAUCCUUCCCCUGACGAUGAGGGGGCUUCGCCUCUGCAGGAGUUGACGGAGCCCCUGGUGGCGGCUAACCCUGAAACAACUGGCACCACGCUCGCUGUGACUGACCCAGUGACCCCCGUGACGUCAGUGCUCCCCAAGUCCCGGCCCACAAGUCCAGUGUGGAGGCCCCCAGCCGAGAGUGGGGCGCAGCGGCCUGAGCCAGAGCGUGGCCCUCGGUGCUUCCCUGGGAGGCCCCCACCCCCAGGCCGAAUCAUCACGGGAAGUUACAGUCGUGGCGGACGAAGCCCGGGCGUCUUCGGUGGGAACCACGCUGCUGACGAUGCCCGGACCGGGGACCCACGCGAGCCUCACAGGGUCGCCGGCCCCGGGAGCAGGACUGCAGUGCAGAGAGCGGGCAGCAGGGGGCAGCACAACACACUGUUCCAGUCCUGCCCAGUGGGCGCUGCCAGGGGGCUGCGGGAGGGGGUCUCUAAGGCUCAGCUCUCAGAGGAGAGAAACACCCUUGGCCUGGGGCCCCCCUGGCUUCCCCAGGGGCGGCGCGGGGAGCAGGGCUGGGCCCUGGCCGCUGCAGCUGCUCCGGGCUGGGGAGGAGCGGAAUCAAAGGCAGCCCAUGUGGCCCCGCUUUCAUCUCCAGGCUUCAAAGAGGUGCAAACGCACUCUGUCCCCGUGCCAGGCGGCCGCCAGCUCCCUCCGCGGCCCCAGCCUGCUCUUCCCUCCGCCCGCCUCCUCUUUCCCGGAAAGUCAGCGGAGCUUCAGUCCCGGGGCACCCCCGAGGGGCCCCAACUCUGGGCCUGUGUAGGAGACACUCUGGCAGUGCCUGCAAGGAAGGAAGAAGAGGCUUUGUGGGUUGCGGGGGCGGAGAGGGUGCUGGGUGGGAGGGUUGGGGACUUCUCGUACAUGCGACCUGCGGGCCAGAGUUGGGAGCUGGGGCGCUAUACAAGCAGCUCAGCUCGGCUGAUCGGCUGA